GAGAGGAGAUCCUUACAGAAAGCACAAUCUGCAAAACGGUCAACCCAGAGAAGCAAUCUUUGCUCUACUGAGGGGACCUUGCAAACUAUGUCUGAACAAAGCAGAGAGCUGGGAGAAACCGAUUGCUGGGGAGAGACAGUAACCGCCACCCAGUCGGAUGCCUGCCUCGUGCGACCCAUCGGAGAGGAUGAGGUAACCCUGGAGAAUCCUGAAAAGCCCCGCUGGUCAAUUGGCAUCGGGAAGAAAGAUGGCUGGGAUGAGAGAACCAGAGGAGUCACCCUCAACCGUGGCAACCGAAAACCGGGGUGGAAACUGGAACUAGAAGCCCUUACUGACCAGGGGGGGCUGACCGAAGCACCCCUGAGGGAGGACUAUCUGAAGAGGCAUGUAACCCGAUUGGUGAUGGAGACUUUGGAAAAUCUUAACAUCCGAAGGGAGCCAGGACAACAACCAAAGAGCACUGAAAGGGCAGCAGUCAUGGAUGAUGCCAGGGGAGGCACCCCCCUCCUGGAGGCCGCCUAUCGAGCAGAUGGUGCAGCAGCUACGGGAGAAGACCCAGCAAACCCUCCCCCCCAGGCAGCACGCACACCGGUGCCCAUUCCCAAUCAACCCCGGGCUCCUCAGCUGGAAAGAGAAAUUCCCCCUCUUGGGGUGAAGUUUGAUGGGAAUCCGCAACAAUUAGGAUUCUUUGUGGCACAUGUGCUCACCUACAUGCAAGAGUAUGGGCGUGAUUUCCAAACCCAAGGAUCCCGAGUGCGAGUUGUGACCCUAGCCCUAGAGGGUGCCGCAGCCAGAUGGAUGGUGACCCUACAUAAUGCCAACGCACCAGAACUGUGGAAUUUCGACCAUUUCAUGACGGCCCUGCGACGUCGGUUCGAGGACCCACUGGCAGAUCGCAAAGCACGUGACCGCAUUAAGGUGGUGAGGCAGGGGCGACGGCCAGUAGCAGAGUACACUGAAGAAUUCUGGGACCUCGCGUGUCGUGUGCACUGGCCGGAAGAUAUUUUGGUGAGCUGUUUCAAGGACGGACUGAGUGAUGAUCUAUACAAUGCCUGCGUGGCCCGAGGGGCACCGAAUGACCUACAUGAAUGGUAUGUCACCGCCGAAGAAGCUGAGAUCGAUAUGGCCAGAAACCAGUAUCGAGCGGGGCGAGCAUGGAAGAAAUCCUCACCCCAAUGGAAGCAAGAGCCCCACAAACCACAAACCGCAUUCUCCCCGAGAUCUUCAGCCUGUUUCAAGUGUGGAAAAGAAGGGCACCGAGCUGCAGAGUGUCGUUCGCAAAUACCCGCCCGGAACCACCCACCGGGGGAGGGUCCUGGAAAACCGGGUCGGCGUGGGAAGGAGACUGCCCUGAGGAGCAGGGAGGCCAUAGAAGUCCCAUCCCCUCCCCUCUUUGGGGAAGAAACCCUGGCAUCUGAACAGGAGGAAUCACACUCGUUCGGAAGCGAUCCAGAUGAUGAGCCACUGGAGGACGGAGGAUGGCAGCGGAUGCAGGAAAGAGGCGCCGCUCAGGAGGAGGAGGAGAGCGGGCCCCGCAGAGCAGCCCUGACCGGUCCUGGAACGGCUUCCCCGGGAGACAGCGGAGAAAGGCCGGGGGGCUCCGGGGCUGCAGGAGGGAUGAGCCCAGGAGGAGCCCAGGAAAGGCGGCUGCCUGGAGGGCGAUGCGAGGAGGAGGAAAUGGGCGGAGACCCCGAGAUGGGUCUGGAGGGCGGAGGCUCCUUCGGAAGACCCCCAAAGCCCCGAAGGAUCCGGGAGGAAGCAAAGGAACAUCCAUGCCCAGAAUGUGGAAAAUCCUUCAAAAGAAAUCAUCAUCUCCAAAGGCAUCUUAGCAUCCACUCAGGAAAAAAACCUCAUAAAUGCCUGGAGUGUGGAAAGAGCUUCCGUCAAAGGGAAAAUCUCCAUUCACAUCAAAGACUCCAUUUAGAAAACCAGUACCAAUGCUGGCAAUGUGAAAAAUCCUUCAAAACAAUUCAAAUCCUUGAAAAACAUGUAAGAAUCCAUUCGUUAGAGAAACCAUUUAAAUGCCUGGAGUGUGGAAAGAGCUUCCAUCAUUGGAGUAACUUCGAUAUACAUGAAAGAAUCCAUUCAGAAGAAAAAAAGUAUGAAUGCCCAAAAUGUAAAAAAUCCUUCAAAAGAAACGACCAUCUUCAAAGGCAUCUAAUAAUCCACUCGGUAGAAAAAACCUCACAAAUGCCUGGAGUGUGGAAAGAGCUUCAGUCAGAGGGGACAUCUUUAUAGACAUCAAAGAGUCCAUUUACAAGAAGAGUAUGAAUGUGGGGAAUGUGAAAAAUCCUUCAAAACAAUUCAAAUCCUUGAAAAACAUCUAAGAAUCCACAAGCCAAAUAUAUGCCUGGAGUUUGGAAAGAGCUUCAGUCAAAGGGGAAGUCUUGAUAGCCAUCAAAGAAUCCACACAGGAGAAAAACCCUACAAAUGCCUGGAGUGUGGAAAGAGCUUUACUGAGGGUGGACACCUCCGUCGACAUCAAAGAGUCCACACAGGAGAAAAACCACAUAAAUGCCUUGAAUGUGGAAAGUGUUUCAGUAGGAGAGGAACUCUGUAUGGACAUAAAAUGAUUCACACAGGAGAAAAACCGCAUAAAUGUCUGCAGUGUGGAAAGAGCUUUAGUCAGAAAGGAACCCUUGACGGACAUCAAAGAAUCCACUCAGGAGAAAAACCCUACAAAUGCCUGGAGUGUGGAAAGAGCUUUAUUGAGCGUAGUAGCCUCCGUUGACACCAAAGUGUCCACACAGGAGAAAAACCACAUAAAUGCCUCAAAUGUGGAAAGUGUUUCAGUCGGAGAGGACACCUUAAAAGACAUCAAAAAAUCCACUCAUGGGAGAAGCCAUAUAAAUGUCUGGAGUGUGGAAAAAGCUUCGGUCAGAGAGGAAAACUUUCACUCCAUCAAAAAAUCCAUUCCGGAGAAAAACCACAUUAAUGCCUGGAGUGUGGAAAGAGCUAUAUUCAGUGUAGGGGCCUCCAUCGAUUCAUGCGGGAGAAAAAUUAUAAACAUGAGUGUGAAAAACCUUCAGUCCCAGAGUGUAUCUCAGGAAUUGAAUUGAAUUGCGCAUUAAAUCUGGCCAAGUGUGAAUAGGCACACUAGGAAUUUGUCUUAAGCUCUCAGUGUACAUACAAAGCAACAGAAUAAUGAUAUUCAUGAUAAUUAUAAUAAUUCCAAUAUGAGGGCGGAGUAAAGAAGAUAUUAAGAAGGGUAAAUAAUAACUGCCAAAUAAGGGACUUUCCCAGGCUGAAUAAUAAAGGGCUUUUUCAAUUGUACAUAUGAGAGGUUUCAACUGGCUGAAAUUGUCCCUUUUCACAACAGACUUUCCUGACUCAUGAUGCCAUUUCCCAUCUGGACGUUCUUUUAAUGCAAGGCUCAUUAUUAUAAUAUGGGAUGUUAAUUUCUAUGUCUCUGAUGUAACUGUAACUGAGCAAGGUGAUUUCUUCCAGGGUGGAUUUCAUUUAAAUCAGGUUGAUUUAAAUCACGAUUUAAUUUAUUAUGUAAAUCACUAGCAAAAAGGCCCAUGGUUACUGUGAAAUUGUGUGAAUGUAUCAGUGCAGUGCAUGUUAUCUCAGCUUGCAGAGCUUGGAUUCAUUGAAUGAGUUUCCCAGAAAUUUAAAUAUUGCAGAAAAUACCCCUUCAUGCUUCAUAACUAAGCUCCAUUUCAUGCUGAAUAAACUAAAUUGUUAAUACAUCUUAAAUAUAGAACCAUCUUUAGAUAGAUUUUUACAUCAAAAGCAUUUUAUUGAAAUGAAUUUGCUAAAAAUAAAAAACCCGAUUUCAAUAAAAAAAAUCUAUUUUUUUUUUAAAUUAAAUUGAUUUCUAUCCACUGAUUUCUUCUAAGCAAUCAACUGUUGUUUUGUACUUUUUCUACUGUUUGGAGUAUAAAAUGAAACCUGAUUCUGUGUCCUGGAUUCCUUCUUUUCAUUGAGGGAAAUCUCUUUGCUACAAUACUCUUAAUAAAUUGCCUUUGAAUGCUCAUCCCACUCAGAUCCUAAUUGGAGCAAGUGUGCUGUGGCUGAAUCUAGGGCUCAUUUGGCCUUCAUUGUUGGGGGUGCAAAGGAGCUUCUCCCUGCCAUUGUUUGAUAUAAUCUAUGUGGAUUUCCCAAAUGUGGGGACCUAUUAAGACCAUCUCCAAGCAUCUGAAGCUCUCAGUUGGAUUCCCUGAAUGGUCCCCUUGUCUUCCAGCAGAAACCCCUACAAGAGACUCUCUAAGGCCAAGGAAGCUUUGUGAGAUAUGAGCCAUAUUCUUAAAAAGCCUCCACUCUUUUAGCCUUAAACACCUGGCUCUUCCCCAGGUGCUGGGAGAUGAGACAAGGAGAAGGUGGCAUGGAUUGGCCCCAGGUUUUUCUUUAUUUUUAAAACGGUUUUUGGGAGCUGCACUGAGUUGACUGAAAGAUGGGCAGUUAUAAGAAUUUUUCAAAUGAAUCAGACCCAUUGGGGACCUCUUUGAUCUCCCACUAGGUGCAGAGACUAGGUUUUCCCCAGUUGUCAGGAUAGCGAGAGUCCCCCAUUACUAGGCUUUCCCCUUCUCUCCCUCAGGCUGGUCCCCCAGAAGCCUCUCCUGUCAUCUCCUCUCCCCUUCUCUCCCUCAGGCUGGCCCCAAAGAUCCCCUCCUUCCGAUCCCCUUUACUCCCUCAGGCCUCCCCAUAGAUCUCCUCCUAUCCCCUUCUCUCCCUCAGGCUGGCCCCAUAGAUCUGCUCCUAUCCCUUUUCUCCCUCAGGCUUCCCCAUAGAAGCCUCUCCGCUUCUCUCCCUCAGGCUUUCUAGCUGCUUCUCUCCAUGAGGCUUUCCCCACAGAAGCCUCUCCUAUGCUAUCCCAUUCCCUCCAGAGUUAUUUUCAAGUUGGGAGGGGGAGUUGAACGUCUAACUAAUUAGCAUCAGAGCGUGUUAUAAUAAUAUAGGAAAUACUAAUGCUCUGAUGGUCGUUUCAAAAAAUCCUUUCUUAGUGAGCACCUAGAAGCCAAGAGGAACAUAGGUGGCAAAUUUCAAGCUUGUAGGCUUUACGGUUCUGGAGAUUUCGUGAUUAAUGCGUGAGUGGUUUUCGCUUAUAUGUAGAUUAGUAUCCUGCACUGGAUACUUUGGCUCCUCUGGACUAAUGCAACCCAUGAAUUUGUCUCUUGUGGGAUGUUAUCUAGAAUCAAGGUUUUCUGUUGUUCAAACUUCAUAAGCAAUCAGUGUAUUUAACAUUUCAUCAUUUGUUUACUGACACUGAAUCAGAGGUGGGUUGCAGCAGGUUCUGACCAGUUCUGGAGAACCCGUAGCGGAAUUUUUGAGUAGUUUGGAGAACCGGUAAAUACCACCUCUGACUGGCCCCGCCCCCAUCUAUUCUCUGCCUCCCGAGUCCAAGCUGAUAAGGGAAUAAAUGGGGAUUUUGUAGUAUCCUUCCCCUGCCAUGCCUAUCAAGCCACACCCCACUGUGCCAUGCCAUGCCCACCAAGCCACACCCACAGAACCGGUAGUAAAAAAAUUUGAAACCCACCACUGCACUGAAUAUACGUAUCAUUUCUUUCUGUACCCUCUUUAAAAACAUUAAUAAAUGUUUGUCUCAAGUGCAUCAGCCCUCAGUGUAUCUAGAAAGCAACAGAAUAAUGAUAUUCGUGAUAAUAAUUAUAAUUCCAAUAAGAGGAAUUAUUUAUCUUUACUUCAAUUGGGUAAAGAAGACAAUAAGGGUAAAUAAUAACUGCCAAAUAAGGGACUUUCUCAGGCUGAA